AUGCCACCUGCUACUCAGACCGGUUCUGCUGUUCAGCAGACCCCUCCGAACCCUCCGAAUGCAGCACCUAGAGAAGAUAUCAGCAGUGGCAACAGUGACAACAGCAACUCGGAUACGGACCCGGACCAUAAUGAAGAGGUGGUCAUCAGGAAGCGGAAGAAAGCAUUGAAGGUCACAUUUCGUACCAGGACCUCUCGCAAAAAGUUAAAGGCUUCGGCUGUUCUCGAGCCCUUCAUGCACCAUGCUGCAUGGCACAUUCGCAAUGGUGCUAUUUAUACCAACUGGGAGCAUGUUAUCGUUACUGGCCUGAAGGCGCAGCAAGGAAAAUUCGGUUCUCUCACACAGGAAGAGUUUGCAGAAAAGCAUAAACGAGCUCUUGCAACCUAUGAAGAGCUCCGAGCAGCCGUUCCCUCUUUUGACAACGAUAUGAAGGUCAUAGGGAAGGAUCCGGAUUACCUAGACCGACUUUGCAAAACGAUGAUUACCGCUGCAGGGACAGCCCGAUCAAACGACAUCUCAAGCCUCAAGAAAGAUGCGCUCACCUACGCUGCCCUUUGCUUGCCAAAUAGUCGGCUCGAGCCUCCGGUCAAUCCAAACGACUCCAAAAAGACAAGUCGAGGCUUCAAGCAUCCGCAACUUGGUGCACUUUUGGUCCCUGCCGACUGCUUUAAGCAGUAUCAAACUGAUCCAGAUUACCGUCGCAAGCUUAUGCUUAACAAGGUAACCAUCAAGGCAAAGGCCAUGCCACACCUCAUAUAUCCAUACGACAAGUACGAUCCCGACCAUGUCUUGGAGGGCAUGUUUAUGGCUCCCGCCCUGGUUGCGGUCUUUCAGCAUAUAUUCAUGUCCCCAUCAUCGGCUUUGAAGACACCCGGUGCGACUCGUACGGGGCUUGGGAAGGCUCGGAAACACCACAUGAAGUCGGUGACGAUACCGAGCAUUGCUUAUGCAUGCACUCAUUAUCGUUAUGCCAUCUCAGGUUGCAUGGACUGGCGUCAGAACGAUCACCAUUUCAACUACGAAGAAUUCUAUAUGGAGGUCGUAAAAAUGCUGGAGUGGGCCCGAGAGAACGACCCCGAGUGGUGGACGGAUUUUAUUACAUGGUGGAAUGCGCAAGUUUUUCCUGUUGAAGACGACUCCGUGACGGAGAGUAGCUCAUCAGACGAAGAAGCGACUACUUCUACGUUCAAGAAGAUGAAGGCUCAGGUGAAGGCUAGCCGCGUGGACAAGGCCAACGCUGCCAAUCCUCCACCACCACCGCCUUCUCAGUAUCAACGUGAAUCCCUGUCGCCAUCGCCUCCUCCAAUGCAUGCUCCGUCGCCAGCUUUGUUUAUUCAACAAGGUGUAGGUAUCCCUGGCCGGCAGCCUCUUCCUCAAUACGCUGCCGGCCCAAUGGACUCCAAUAUUGACCCCCGCUUACAGAUGUCAGGGCCUCAUGCUGCUGGAGCCCAGCCACCUCUCGGACCUUCGUUCUAUCCCGCAGGUGCUCCAUUCUUUUACGAUGGGUCUAACACCAUUGCAAGCGCGUCCACUCCGGCUCUGGGUCUGUCUCGUAAUCAUCCCACUCCCCGGGCACUCCAUGCUACUCCCUACGCUCAACAUGCCACCCAUUCUCCGGAGUGGCAACUGGCAAAUACACAAGACAUUGAAUCUUAUAUGGCCGACCGCACGAUGAGGAGAGGCUCAAAGAUGCAAUCCGGCAGGGAUGUUGGCACUCGUCAUCCCAGUGUCGGGCCCCAGAUGAAUGUAUUCCCGGACAUCACUAACUGGUAA